CUGUCAUCUGAUAUAGAGGAGUUUUCUCUGGAUGAUGUAGAGUAUAAAUUAAUGUGUAUCCCUCUUCUAGAGAAAGUUCUUCUUAUUCCAAUAUUACAUACUUGCAUGUAACCUUCGUUUAUUGUAAUAGUUAAUUUUUUAUCAUUUUUUUUAUGGAAACAAUUACUAAUUUUUCUUUUUUUCUUGAGCAUUUCAAAAAAUAUGGAGCACCAAAUCCCAAAACGUCGACCACAGCAAUUCCAAUGAAAAAGGCAAGAUAUGGCAUUGACACUGCCCACCUUGGACAAAACAUUAGUGUAUCAAGUGAAUGCACUAUAGAAUCACGUGGGAUCAGCGUUUCAACGUCGGCCACUAAAUAUACCAAUGAAUCCAACCAAGGCGUGUUUGAAGUUGUUUGCUGCAGCCACUGCAACGCGUUUGAAAAGCAGUUACAGGAUAUUGGCAAAAAAUUAGACGACCUGCAAUUGAUAGUCGAAGCACAGAAUACUGCUAUAAUGGAUGCAAUAGCGGUCCAAAAGGUGGCGACUGAGCAAUUGAUUCGCCAAGAAUCAAAAAAUGCACCCAUCACAAAAUAUUUCCCAAUAAGUGACGUCCCAGAAAUGCAUCAGUUGGAGGAAAAAAUUACCCCUACUAACAGAGAUGUAUAUGAAUCUGCGAUGUCUGCUAUUUUAUGCAACAAUCUCAGAAAUAUAAGGCUGCUGUUAAAUAAGGACGUCAUAGCGUCAAUAAACGUGGAUGGUUCACAUGGAAAGAUAAGCUUAAAAUCUUUCCCAAAUUUUUAUGCUUCAUUGACUGGAGCCAUUGCCAAAUUACCAUUUAAGGGAUUGUCGCCGGAGGACGCGCUGCGCAAAGCCAUUGCUUUCGAAAAAGCUAAAUGCUUUAAGAAAGCUUAUCGACAAAAAAAGAAGAAUUCUGCAUCUUAAACUACUACCCCUCCAAUUGUUUUUUUUUUUUUUAAUAUAAAACUGCAAUAGUACAAAGUUGUAAUAUUUCAGACUUUAAAUUCUGACUUCUUAUUUCUGGACUGAAUUUUUCUUUUUAAUUUUUAUUAUAAAAUUAUUUAAAAAAUGUGAUUUAUAAAACUCGUAAAGAAACCAGAACGAAUAUUUAUUUUAAAAUUUUCGCAGCUUAAAACUCACAAGAAAUAUUCUCCUAAAAGUUUGUAGCCCAUUUUAUUUCGUUUUUUUUUCUUAAAGAAUAAAUUUUGUUCACGCGUUAUAUGAAAGCAAGAAAUCAACGCGAACUUUUUGAGUGGAGUACAAAACUGCGUAAACGAUUUUUUUAAGAUACAUUUUUUUAAAUUUUGAUGAUAAUUUCUUUCAUGAGUUUUGCAAAAAUUUUGAUUUGUCAGAUUUAUGUUAGAGAAGCUGUAUUUAAAGUGUUUAAAGUCAAUUAAAUAAAAAUACAUAUUUUAAAACGAAGGCUUCGGAUAAAAUUUAUCUUGAUUGUUAAAGGGAUUUUAGAGGUUUUAUAACGACUGGUCUCAUUCUGCUACCAUUGCGACCUACAAAGCGACUAGUCCCUUUUUAUACCCAUUUGGGUAUAAAUGGGUACAAUUAGUCUCUUCAUAGGACAUGCUCGAACAAAAGGGAACAGUU